CUAGCUAGCUCUACGAAUGUGUUGUGGCGGGAGUUUACCGCGAAAGUCUACACCUGGGGGAGUGAGGUUGAUGAAACAAACCCUUGCUCUCGGUGUCAGGAGGUGACGGGGGGAGACAUGAGCGACUCAGAGUCUUCGGACGUCAUGCAUGUUUCCUCUACGACCGAUGCCCGGGAAGAAGGGGAAAGAAGAGACGCUCUAGAGACGGGCUACAGGUCUGGGGACCAAUUCGCGCGGUCGUUCGCCGAGCUGGACUCGUUGCGCGGCCUCGAAAAGCUCUGCGACGUGGUACUGGUGGCCGGUAGUGAGCGAAUCCCCGCACACCGGGUCAUCCUUGCUUCGCUCAGUCCCUACUUCCGCGCGAUGUUUACGGGAGAGAUGGCCGAAAGUCGGAAGAAAGAGAUCGUCAUCAACGGCGUCGAACCGAGCGCCCUCGUGUCGCUAGUCGUCUACGCUUACACUGCGUUCGUGAAGCUGAGCGAAUCCAACGUCCAGUCGCUGCUCGCCGCCGCCAGCGCCCUGCAAUUCGACGAGGUGAGGGACGCAGCAAGUCAGUUUCUCAUGCGGCACCUCGACGCGGAGAACUGCCUGGGGAUAAAGCAGUUCGCGGAAGCACACGGCUGCAAACAGCUCCACUCGGCCGCCGAGGUCUACGCCGCUCACUGGUUCUCCGACGUCUGCAAACGAGAAGAAUACCGGUCUCUUCCGCUCUCUGAUGUCGUCCCAUUCCUGAGCAACCACCGACUCAACGUGGAGUCAGAAUACGUAGUGUUCAAAGCUGCCCUCUGUUGGCUCAACCACAACAGAUCAGAGAGGACGGAGCACCUCUACGAGGUCAUGCGCUGCGUUAGAUUCCCUCUACUUACAGAGGACCAGCUCCUAAAGGAAGUGGGUCGAAACUCCACAUUCAUUGGGAACCCUCGGUGUGUUGAGCUGAUGGUGGAGGCCCUGCAACACCGACUACUUCCAGAAACAAAAAAGCAGGUGGACUCGAAGCACCUUGUCCCCAGAAAGCCGUCGGAAUUUCUCUAUGCAGUCGGCGGAUGGGACGGCCACACGGCUGUCAGUACUGUUGAGUUCUACGACACGGACACAGAGCAGUGGACACUUGGGACUCCCCUGCUGUCUAAGAGAAACGGUGUGGGCCUCGCUUUCACUGGGGGGCUCCUGUACGCCGUCGGUGGACAUGAUGGCCAUUCAUUUCUCAAUACGGCAGAGGUGUUCAACCCACAGACAGGUCGGUGGCAGAGCAUUCCUCCGCUGAAGCAGAAACGAGCCAGUGCGGGUGUUGCAGUCCUAGGGAACUAUCUCUACGCCAUAGGUGGUCAAGAAGGAGUGGCGAGACUCAAAUCGGUGGAGCGCUACAAUCUUCUCGGAAAGUCGUGGGAGUCUGUCGCGAGCAUGAGCGUGCGGCGCGACAGUCCUGGCGUUGUGGUGCACGAGGAUCAGAUAUACGCCAUCGGUGGCUGCCACUCGUGUAUGUUUCUCAGUACGGUGGAGAGAUACGACCCAGUGCAAGACUCGUGGUCGUCGGCCCGGCACAUGAUCCACCGCCGCAGUGCCGUCGGUACGGUGUCGUGUGGCACGUACAUCUACGUACUCGGCGGACACAACGAGCAACGUAAUCUCACGGUGCUGGAGAGAUACGACACGAAAAAAGACUGCUGGACUGAACUGUCGUUCAUGAACGUUCCUCGAGCGGGUGUCGGUGCUGCGAUUCUAAAUCGGAAGGUAGUUGCCGUCGGAGGGUUCAAUGGAUCCGAGCAACUAGCGUCAGUCGAGCAGUACGACCCAGUGACAGACUCGUGGUCUUACCUCCCGCCCAUGAAGAACGAGCGAAGCUACGUGGGUGCAAUGGCCACCGUCAAAAUAACUUGAUAUCGAUCGCCGCCUUCUCCGUCAAUGUUGUUCUGCUCUAGUCAAUCAAUUCAACAAUCAAUUUACUGUAGUAAUUUCGGUUAUCCUUUAUUCAAAUCAACAAUCACCUCACGUAUCAUUCUCACUGCUACCAUUUGCCUGCCUUUGUUUUUGUUUCAAUGUUUACCUACCCAGCCAAUAAUGUGG